AUGUCCAUAUCGGAAAGCCUUCCUCUGCCAUCAAAACAGCUUGGAGACAAAGGAGACAUAUCUAGGCACUGCUUGAAGGCACCAAAACACCAUCCCCACUUCGGUUUGCCUCACUGGUGGAUGAGAAGGGAAAAGAGGAAUGGCUUCGCCAAGGCCAGGGAUUCCUACUACAGCGGCCAGCCUCUGAUUGUCGACGACAUGUUCGACAAAGUUGAGCUGAAGCUCCGGGUCUACGGCUCCCCGUCGGUCGUAAAAUACCCCCGCUGCAGCCUCAAGCGACAGUCGGCGUACGCGGACGCCGAGGAGGACCACUCGAUGUUUAUGGCGUUAUCGAGCAUCUGGACGCUGCUGCUCCUGUUUGGUACCUCGGCAUUCCUGGUUCCGAGCUUCUACACUCUGAGCCUGGCGUUCGGGGACGCGUUCGGAGCAAGGUCUCUCUUCUCCGGUGCUAAGUCGCUUGACGGGAUAACGAGGGUGAACCACAUGGUUUUGAUCGGACUAGGCUAUCUGAUUGGCUAUCCGGUUGCAUCCGCGUCAGUUGGUGCAUUGCAAGGCCUGUUGACAAACAAUGUGGUUGCACUAAAAGGCUCUUGCCCCAAUUGCGGUGAGCAGGUGUUUGCAUUCGUGAAGACGGAUAAAUCCAUUAAAGCACCCCACAAGGCAGAAUGCCAUGUCUGCGAGUGUCCAUUGGAGUACCGUACUAAAGUCGAGUUCUUGCACAGUGACAUACUCUGCAAUCCCUUCACUGAUAAGAUGAUAGAUAAGCACGUUCAGGCCCCUAUACCACAUUUGACACACAAGAUCAACACACUGUUGCAGGACACAUACUUGAAUGAAAAUUUCAAAUUUAUAACUGAGACAAAAUUCAGAUUUGGAAGUCUUGGUGAGAAUUUGCAGUUCUACAUGUAG